AUGCACUUGUUUUAUAGAAAACAUCGUUCGGCGGUAAAUAAUCAAAUAAUACGAUCUUUUUCUCUCUGUCUCUCUCUGUCUCUUUCUGCCUGUCUGUCGGUCUGUCUAAUUUCAUAUUUAAAUGAUGGAAUCCAUUUAAUUCUUUUAUCCAUCCUCCUCUUCCCCCUCCUCCUCCUCCUCCUCCUUCUUCUUCUUCUUCUUCUUCUUCUUCUUCUUCUUCUUCUUACUAUGUCCAGUCUUCCUUCUUCUCAUUCUUAUUUUCCUCCUACCUCUUCUUUUCCUACACCCUUUUCCUCUUUUUCCUUGUUACUCGUUCUCCUUUAUCUUGUCGUCUCCUUGUCCAUAUUGUCUCCGUUCUCCUCCCCUUCUUCUUGUCGUAUUCUCACCUCCACUUUUUUCUUCUUUGAACUCUCUUCUUGUCCUCUCUUACUCAUUUUAUUAUUCUUCUCCUCCUUACUCAUUUCCUCUUUUUCCUUCUUGUCCUCCUCAUUCUUCUCGUCUGACUUCUCCUUUUCUUCUUUUUUUUCUCUCUCAUUUGUCCUCCUCUAUCUUGUACUUCCUCCUCCUCGUUCUUCUUCCUCUUUAUUCAGAUCUGUGGCCAUACUACUUGCCCCUUUUGAAUAUGUACUUCUGAACAUUUAUCCAAGCCUCACUCCAUCUUUCCCUACUCUCUUUCCCCCUCACUAUCUAUCUAUCUAUCUAUCUAUCUAUCUAUCUAUCUAUCUAUCUAUCUAUCUGCUUCUAUCGCCAUAA